AUGGCCCCCCCUAAGACACCACCACCCUCUCCAGCUCUCCCACCGCAGAGCGCAUCUCACGGUCCCAACUCCCGCAAUCUCCCAUCUCACCAGACGAGAACCAUCGACAUCGAGCUCGCCCUGGCUUUUCCAGGACUGGUACAUGAAAGUGAUCCACAAAGUGAUCCACAAAGCGGUAUGGCUGCCUCGACGAGCGCUCCCCACGCCCAACCGUCUCGUCGCACCAGCACCUCAGCACACUCCAACGCCACAGACAAGGCGCCCACCUGCUCCGUAUUAGCAGACACUGAUCGGGAGCCUUCACCUCAGCCACCAGCCCAGUGGCGCCUCUGUGCAGCCCUCAUCGCUGGUUUAUUCCAGCAAAGUCUGUCCAGUGGCCUAAUCAUGACAUACGGCACCAUCUUAUCUUACUAG